GGCAGUCGGGGGACAGAGUGGCCAGAAUUUGCUGCUCGAUCUCCCUCACAGUGGUGCCUGAAGGAAUGGCGGCGCCUUCGGCAGCCACGGAAGAGGCAACACUAGUGUCAUCGGCCAAGGAAUAAGGAAAGAGAAAGAGAUAAGCCACGAAUAGAAGUAGAAGGAAGAAGAAAGAUCCAAAAUAAGAACCUCAAAAAUCAUUGUCCUCCUUUGUAAUCUCCGAGCUUAUCCCUAAAGAUCCAAUUGCUGACCAUUUCUUUGCAUUUCCUUAUCACUUCACUAUUUUAAUCACCACCAACCAGAACACAACCACUCCCAACCAAGAUACAAGUCAACUCUCUCAAUGAUUUCUUCUUAAGUUUCUUUAAUCUCCGUCGCCGGCAUCAUGGGCGGCCAGUGCUCGAAGCAAGUGCAACACUGCAAGGCCGUGGCCUACGAGAAGCGAGCUCUGCGCGACCUCCUUGACUCCUGCGGAGCCGCGUUCCCCGGCUCCGACCACUUUCCGGCCGACCGGAAGUCCUGGAUGUCCGCCCUCGGCCUCGGCGAGCUCCGGCUUCAUCAGAUCGUGUGGCCGGGGACCCACGACUCUGCCACUGACUCCAUCGGUAUCCCCUGCAUCACCCGCCCCUUCGCCCAGUGCCAGUCCUUCUCCGUCUACGGCCAGCUCUGCCUCGGAGCACGCCUACUAGACGUCCGCGUCCAGAAAGAUCGCCGGGUCUGCCACGGCUCCCUCGUCUCCUACCCCGUCGACCGCGUCCUCGAUGACGUCAAGCGCUUCCUCGAAGAAACAAAGCACGAGCUCGUCGUCCUCGAGCUCCGAACAGAGUUCGGCCACGAGGACCCCCCUGACUUCGACAAGUUCCUCGUCGAGCGCCUCGGCGACUUCCUCAUCCCCCACGACGAGGCCGUCUUCGCCAAGACCGUCGCCGAGGUGCUUCCGCGGCGCGUAGUGUGCGUGUGGAAGCCGCGGAAGGCGGCGCCGCCGGCGGCCGGAGGCCCUCUGUGGGGCCCGCAGUGUCUGCGGGACCACUGGAUUGACACCGACCUUCCGAUGACUAAGUUCGAGAACAACUUGCGGCGGCUAGGGGAGCAGAAUCCGGCGGCGGAGAGGGGGUACUUUUACCGGGUGGAGAACACGGCGACGCCGCAGGCGGACAACCCCGUGGUCUGCGUGCGGCCGGUGACGGGGCGGAUACGCCAGUACGCGAGGCUGUUCAUCUCGCAGGCCUUCAAGAAGGGGAUCGCCGACCGGCUCCAGGUGCUGUCCGCGGACUUCAUCGACGGCGACUUCAUCGACGCGUGCGUGGGUUUGACUCUAGCGAGAAUGCAGAGGAAGGCAUAACCCAUGAUUGCACUCUUCUUCAUAAUAAUAUUAUUAUUAUUAUUAUUAUUAUUAUUAUUCACCGUAGAAUUAUGUGUGAUAUUAAAUCUUGAGUGUGUUUUUUUUGGUAAAAUGUUAAAAAUGUAAAUAUAUUUACAUGGUAUUUCUUAAAGGAGGAAUUUAAAUAAAUUCGUUGUAA